UCAUGAUGGUGCACAUAUUUUGAAAAAAGAAUAAAGCUGAGGUGUGUAACAUUUCAAUAAUUGUAGAAUGAAGAGAGAAUAAAGACUUCCUCUACAAACAUUUGUUCUGAGAAAGAUCCCGUGUUUAGUGUCUUGACAUAUGAAAAUGAUAUCUGAUUACACCCAAAAAUUCUUGAAUGUACCUCCCUUCACAGUCGUCGUUACUGCAACAGUUAUUCUUCUGAGUAUAGUAUACUGCUUCAUGAGAGAUAGGGGAUUACCCCCAGGACCCCGUGGAAUGCCAGUUUUAGGCCUUUAUCCACUUUUGAAAGGCGAAAAAAGCUACUUACAGUUGGAUGAAUACAGAAAGACGUAUGGUGACAUCUUCAGCUUCAGGCUGGCCGGACAGUUGUACAUCAAUUUGGGCAGCACAAAGAUCAUCCGGGAAGUCCAUAUUACAAAAGCUGAAUACUUCGCCGCCAGAUACAGUGGAUUCAGCUUGCUAAGCUUCUCAUUCAAUGAUGGUGUUCCUUUUCUCAAUGGAGAGCCAUGGAAAGUCCUUCGAAAAUUCUUUCUUCAAGUUUUUAAGGACAUCGGCAUGAAUUCCUUGAAAGAUAAUGCUUCUGGACCUGUGUAUGAUGCUCUUAAUUCGAUUACCGAAGACUUUCAGAACUUGAAUGGUGAGCCAAUCGUUGUCAUUGAAAUGCUGCAUAGCAAAUGUUCUAAUGUCUAUCGUCGGAUCAUGUUUGGGGAGAAUGGAAUAACAGAACAGCAAAUGCGGAACUUUACUGACCCAUAUAUGGCAAUACUGGAACACAUACCUACAAACUUGCUUCUCAUAGGAAAGAUACCUCAGUAUGUAAAUUUAUUUGAAUAUUGUAAUGAAGUGAAAUUUUUACCGAAACGUGGGUAUAGUCGUAUAAUUACCAGCAAAAGACUUAUGGAGAAUGCCUUAUAUGACAUUAUAGACGAGCACGAAAAAACGUUCGAGGAAGACCAUAUUCGAAAUAUAAUCGAUGCUUAUUUUAAAGAAAGGAUUGAACGUCGACGCAAAGGUGACUACACAGCUAAAUAUUUUACAAAAAAAGCUCUCAUGGCAUCACUCGCCCAGUUCGUAGCAGACGGUCUUCAAAGCGUCAUCCAGUUGAUAGCAACAUUUUUUGCCGCUUUGGUGAACCAUCCUGAAGAGCAGGAUAAGAUAUACAGAGAAAUUCUGGAAGUCGUUGGCCCAAACAGACAACCAACUUUAGAAGACAAAAGCAAUUUACCAUACACAAAUGCCUUCAUCUUUGAAGUCAUGAGAACAACUGACUUCUGUCCGUAUGUCCCCAGUCUUGAAUGUACAAAAGAUGCAACCAUAAAGGGUUAUAGAAUUCCUAAAGGAACCAUAACUGUGACGAAUGUAUGGUCAUCACACCAUGACUCUGAAAUUUACGAAGAUCCAUAUAAGUUUGAUCCAACCCGAUUUAUUGCAAAAGGAAAUAAAGCAAGGCCAGAUCUUCCAAUUAUUUUUGGAGUUGGUAAACGUGUCUGCAUGGGGGAAGCAUUCACAAUGAUUCAAGUUUUUCUGUUCUUAACAACGAUUGUCAAAAACUUUCGCCUAUCUUCACCAGAUGGAAAGAAAUGCGAAUCACCUCAAUAUACGGGGAAAUUAAAAAUCUGUGUACAUCCCAGAUUACCCGACGAAAAGAAGUAAAUGUGAAACAUGCAGAAAUUAGUAUCAAUAUUAUCAAACAUUUUUCUGUAUGUGAUUAUUCCUAUUGCAAUAAAAAUCCUAAUGAAUGCUUAAAAAUAUAAGUGUAAUAGUUUGACU